GGUUAAGGAUAGAUUUAUCAAGGCAGAAAGGCAUACCUAUAUGUUCUUUGUUCACCAGGACCUGAGCAGCAGGUCCUUUGCUCACUUGUCUGCAGGGGAUUUCAAGGACUUAUCAGGGAGCAACAAGUCUGGCCAGUAGAUAUCGUUAGUGUCAUUUGUCUACUUGUGGACUAUGGAGACACCAAGCGCGCCAUGGAACCUGUGAUAGGAACCAUAAGGAAGAUGACAAAAUUCUGUGGAAACAUCUAAAGGAUACGUCUUCACAUAAUCCUGUUCUACUUACAUGUGAAGCAGAACAACAGUUCUGUAAAACAGCAUCAAAGACGUUGCCUUGUCUCCUUUGGAAGUAUUUUUUUUUCUGGGAGGGAGGAAGCAAAGUGUCUCCGAAGUUUUCGGAUGCAUUUGUCAAUGGAUACACUGGGAAUAGUGGAUGAUGGUUGCCUGGACAACUAUGAUAUGGCAAAAGGCGCUGGGUCGAGCAGUGGAGGAAGGGUCCACAGCAUUGAUGUCAUAUUGGGAUUCACUAAAGAGCAGGGCCCUCUGCUCCAUUCAGUAGGAGAUGACGCAAGCCAAAAAACCAGCGUGCAAAACCAACAGCAUCCUGAGAAACAGGGUUCGACUGACCCUUAUGCGCACCUUCCAGAACUGGGUGACAGCGCUCAGCAUUCGUCCUACCAUGAAUCAGACCUUUUCACCAAUGACAAGUGUGACGCAGAAAUGAGCAACCAAGGGGCCAAUACUACCGAAGGGUCACCAGAAACAAUGAAGGAGGAGCAGCAUGCUAAAAAGAAGCACAGAAGGAACCGAACCACCUUCACCACGUAUCAGCUCCAUGAGUUGGAGCGAGCCUUCGAGAAGUCCCACUACCCUGAUGUCUAUAGUCGUGAAGAACUGGCAAUGAAAGUCAAUUUGCCUGAAGUUCGAGUUCAGGUCUGGUUUCAGAACCGAAGAGCCAAAUGGAGACGCCAAGAGAAGAUGGACACCAGUACUAUGAAGCUCCACGAUUCACCCAUGCUGUCUUUCAAUCGACCUCCAAUACCCCCUGCUGUGGGACCGGUGGCCAACCCAAUGCCUCUGGAUCCCUGGCUCACGUCUCCCAUCUCCAGUGCCACGCCCAUGCAUACCAUUCCAGGGUUUAUGGGCUCCUCACAGAGCUUGCAGCCAACCUAUCCCAGUCACACCUUUCUGAAUACCCCACCCGGCAUGGUCCAAGGGAUGCAGCCCAUGGGCCCUCCGCCCUACCAGUGCCCCCCAAACUUCAACGACAAAUACCCGAUGGAGGAUGAUAGGAGUUCCAGCAUUGCAGUGCUCAGGAUGAAGGCCAAAGAGCACAUUCAGUCAAUGGAUAAAACCUGGCAACACAUGUGACACGACAUCUGAUGAGAUGAUUUUUAGCAGCUCCAGUGAAUGUUUACAGAUUUUUUCUUCAUUGAUUGUUGAUUUUCUUCUGGUGUCAUCUCUUCAUUGGUAUGUCAGGUUAAACUUUUUCACUGGCACUAAUAAGCACUUGGUGGAACAGCGUAUUAGAUUUUUACUUUGAACUCAAACAAUAAUGUUUUAACCCUGAGGGAAACUGAACAAAAUGAAAUCUGUGAUGGGCAGUUAUUUUAGCCAUGAACACUUACUCCUGUGGAAUGCACAUCUUUGUUGGGACAUUCUAAAUGGACAUUUAUUUUUGGUUUAGCUUCUAGUGUUUGGGAACAGAACUCUUUAAAUGAAGACAGAGCUCUAUA